UAUGUGCCACAGCAGCGUGUCAGUGGGAUAAAGCUCCACACAUGAUGAGGCAUGUGGGGCAGCUGGCGAAGGGCUGCCAGGCUGGGCAUCAGCAGAAUGUUGGCUCAGGACAGCCAGGCAGUACCCUUGGCUCACUGCGCACCCUGCUGCCUGUGGCAGGAGCCCACCCACCAUGGUGAGCCCAGCAGAAGCCCUUUAAGUGUUGGCAAUAAUGGCGUCUCCCACUGCCUGCAGACGCUUGGGCUCCUGCCAGUGUUAUUUAUCAGCCUGUCCCUUCCUCCUUCCCGCCCGCCCUCCUCCCGGGCUGGGACCAGCCCAGCCAGCAGGGCUGCGGUGGGAGCUGCUUCGGGGCUCCCGGCGCCAUCGCCUCGAGUGCAUGGCCAGGUGACUACUGGACCAGGACGACCUCUCCUUGCCACCAGACCAGGUCAGUACUGGAGCGGUGUGGCCGGGACGGCCACAGAAGGACUCAGCGAUGCUGGGGCUGUGGCACAAGAUGCAUCGGGGCUGGUGAGCAGGGCACCUGUGGUGGGGAACAGCCCCAUGGGGCUUCAUCCACCUGAGGGGCUGGGCCAGCAUGGAGCCAGCCGAUGCCCUCUCCAAUGCCUCUGGUAAUGGCAGCAGUGGCAACAGUGCCCCACACUCACCUGCAGCCAUGGGGCUCAUCCUGCUGGCCGCCCUGGCUGUCCUGCUGGCCACUGUGCUGGGCAACACGCUGGUGGUGGUGGCCAUCUCCACCAGCCGUGCCCUGCGGGCCCCGCAGAACCUGUUCCUGCUGUCCCUGGCCUCAGCGGACAUCCUUGUGGCCGUCCUCGUCCUGCCCUUCUCACUGGCCAACGAGCUGAUGGGCUACUGGUAUUUCGGGGGCCUGUGGUGCAGCCUGUACCUGGCGCUGGACGUGCUGCUCUGCACCUCCUCCAUUGGGCACCUCUGCGCCAUCAGCCUCGACCGCUACUGGGCCGUCACCCGCGCGGCCCGGCUGAACCUGCGCCGCAGCCCUGGGCGUGUGAAGGGGAUGAUCGGGGCGGUUUGGGCUGCGGCGGCCCUGGUGGCACUGCCACCGCUGCUGUGGGCCCGGCCGGGUGGUCGCGAGUGCCAGCUGAGCCAGGAGACAUGGUACGUGCUGGCCUCCUGCACUGCAUCCUUCUUCGGGCCCUGCCUCGUCAUGGUCACCAUGUACUGCCGCAUCUAUCGCCUGACCACCCGCAGGGCUGCAGCCCUCCUCGCCACCCGCUCCCUGCGCCUCGCUGCCGCCAGCAAGAAGGAGCCAGGGAUGAGGAUGUUGGGCUGGAGGCACCGGAACCAGCACCAGAGCGUGUUGCUGUGCCGCCGCCGGCUGAUGCGGGUGCAGGAGCGGCGCUUCACCGUGGUGCUGGCUGUGGUGAUGGGUGCCUUUGUGCUGUGCUGGUUCCCCUUCUUCUUCACCUACAGCCUGGGGGCUAUCUGUGGGGAUGGCUGCCACAUCUCCAAGCCCCUCUUCAGCUUCUUCUUCUGGAUCGGGUACUGCAACAGCAGCCUCAACCCCCUCAUCUACACCCUCUUCAACCGGGACUUCCGAGCUGCCUUCCGACGGCUUCUCGCCAUCCCCUGCCAGCACCGCACCUAGGGACACACCAGCACAUUGGGGAUGCAGCUCCCAGCCCUGCUUGCAGCUGGCAGUGCCCGGCCCCACCAUGGACCCUGGACUGCAGCGCUGGGGAGCACCUCAAGCACGGGUGACCUGCCAGUGAUGACAACUCACCAUGGCAGCUCUGGGAAGCGCCAGCCCUCCCAUUGCCAGGCAAACCCCAGUUCCUCUCCCCAUCUCAUGACACCCAGCAUCCUCAUGCAGGGGACAGACCCCAGGCUGCUGCAGGGAUAUGAAACCCCCCACAUAGCAGUGUCACCAGUGCCAGGGUGAGCUGGCCAUGCCACCGCAGCAGCCCAGUCCAAGACCUGUGCCACUCAGCCAAGGGCAUCCCCUCUCGCUUCCCAUCAGCAUGUAGCUGUGCCAUGCUGUGGGGGUUCUGUGGGUGGUAUGAGGGGUGUGGGGCUGGGGUGGGACACCUCACAUCCUGCUCAGGGGCUUCACUGGGAUCUUGCUGCAGGAGGGAAAGGAGGAAUGACAUCACAGGCCUGGAAAUGCCGUGUCCCUUGGGAGAGUGUGGAAGAUGGCACAGCAUGGGAACAAGCUCCGGCACAGCCUGAGUUGCAAGAGGCCACCAGGGGAACUACAGGGUGAAGACCCGGGGGCAACCACAUCCCCCCAGGGGUGGCAGGGGCCCUGCACCCGCCCUGCCUUGCUCGCUGCCCUGUGCUGCGCCGACACCCAGGGGUCAGGAGCUGCUCCACUUCUCCAGCUUUAUGCUCAAAAUAGAAAACCUCCAAACAUCGGACUUUCACUCAUCUAAAAACAGCCACCGGCGCCUGGGAGAUGAAGCCCCAGGAAUGCCAUUCCCCACCGUCCCCCAUGUUCCCUGCUGGGGUGGGUGCAGCUGGUCAGAGGGUCUGGAAGGGACAGGGGUACUCGCAGAGGCAAGGAUCCCAUGGCCAUCUCCUGCACUUGCUGGCCCUACACAUGGAGGCUUGUGGCAUGAAUUUUGGGGUCAGUGGAAGCUCCCAGUGGAACGGUGCUGGGAUGGGGGCCUUGCACUGAUCCCCUGGAUAUGGCUGGUCCUGGUGGUUGGAGCCCCGCUGGCCCUGUCUGCGGAAGGAGCUGCCCUAUCGCUGCUGCCUGGCUUCCCCUCUGUGGUCGCCUUUCUCCUUCUCAUAAUUAAACAGCAGUUUGCUUCUAAAAAUA